GCGCUUCCCCCCGCGGAGAGGAUGGAGAGGAGACGGAGGAAGAGUGAGGAAGCCGCGCUGCUUCCUCACUCUCACUUGACUUCUGCACGAACCGAACUCCACAAACUACCCGAGUUUCUCACUUUCUGAGGCGGACGACGCUGAGGAGCAGCUGAAUCUUCUCUCGUGAUCACUUUCCCGUUCCUCCCGAAGGUGAAAGAUGGGGGCACCGUGUUCCCAGCUGGAUUGGCUCCUCAUUCUCAGCCUCAUCACUGUUGCACUGAGCCUCAACCCUGAUGACCCCAAUGUCUGUAGCCACUGGGAAAGCUAUGCCGUGACUGUUCAGGAAUCCUACGCUCACCCGUUUGACCAGAUCUAUUACACCAGAUGUACAGACAUUCUAAACUGGUUUAAAUGCACACGACACAGGAUCAGCUAUAAGACGGCUUACCGACGGGGAGUAAGGACCAUGUAUAGACGCCGAUCUCAGUGUUGCCCUGGUUACAUCGAGAGUGAGGAGUUCUGUGUUCCUCUGUGUACAGAGGAGUGUGUGCAUGGCCGCUGCGUGUCCCCUGAUACAUGCCAGUGCGAGCCUGGUUGGGGAGGCCUGGACUGCUCCAGUGCAAACACAGCCAAUGGAGCAGGCUGUGAGAGCGACUUCUGGGGACCUCAUUGCAGUAACCGGUGCCAGUGUCGUAACGGGGCGAAGUGUAACCCCAUCACAGGUGCUUGUGUUUGCACUGACGGCUACCAGGGAUGGCGUUGCGAGGAGCUGUGUGAGAACGGCUACUACGGCAAGGCGUGCCAGCUGUCCUGCCAGUGUCUCAAUGGAGCAACCUGUAACCACGAAACAGGAGAGUGCAUUUGUCCAUCGGGAUACACAGGAGCUUUCUGCGGAGAGAGCUGCCCCUCUGGUAGUCAUGGGCCUCAAUGUGAGCAGCGCUGCCCCUGUCAGAAUGGAGGAACGUGCCACCACAUCACUGGAGACUGUUCCUGCCCUGCCGGGUGGACGGGUUCAGUUUGUGCCCAACCCUGCCCUCUUGGGAAAUAUGGCAUCAAUUGCAGCAAAGAUUGUUCCUGUCGUAACGGCGGCCUGUGUGACUACGUUACGGGGAAGUGUCAGUGUGCAGCCGGCUUCAGCGGACGCAGGUGUCAAGAAGACUGUCCAGUGGGUACAUAUGGUCCACAGUGUAACCAGAGGUGUGAGUGUCGGAACGGCGCCAAGUGUCACCACAUCAAUGGAGCCUGUCUGUGUGAAACAGGUUUUAAAGGUCCUAAUUGUCAAGAACGGUUCUGUCCCUCUGGCCUCUACGGUCUCAUCUGUGACAAGUUCUGCGCCUGUAAUACCACCAACACCGUGAGCUGCCACCCUCUUUCUGGUGAAUGCUCCUGCUCUGCGGGAUGGACAGGGCUUUACUGUAACGAGAGCUGCCCGUUUGGACACUACGGAGAAGGGUGCAGUCUGGCAUGCAGCUGCAGCAACGGAGCUGACUGCCAUCCCGUCACAGGUGCAUGUACCUGCGCUGCUGGCUUCAUGGGUGAGGACUGUGAUACAGUGUGUCCACCUGGUCUGUUUGGACAGAGCUGCAUGUCCACCUGCUCCUGCCACAAUCAAGCUUCCUGCUCACCAGUCGAUGGCUCCUGCAUCUGCAAGGAAGGCUGGCAGGGUGUAGACUGCUCCAUCCCAUGCUCCAGUGGUACGUGGGGUCUGGGCUGUAAUCAAACAUGCUUAUGCAGCAACGGAGCUGCAUGUGACCCCGUGGACUCCACCUGCACUUGCUCUCCUGGGUGGAGAGGGGAGCACUGCGAUGAAUCCUGCCCUGAUGGCUCCUAUGGGUUGGAGUGUCGCGAACACUGUGACUGCAGCCACGCUGACGGCUGUGACCCUGUGACUGGAUACUGCCGCUGCUAUCCUGGGUGGACAGGAAUCCACUGUGAUAAUGUGUGCCCACAAGGCUUCUGGGGACCCAACUGUUCAGUCAGCUGCUCGUGUCAGAACGGCGGGUCCUGCUCUCCCGAGGACGGCACAUGUGUGUGCGCACCUGGAUACAGAGGCACCUCUUGCAAAAGAAUCUGCUCUCCUGGGUUCUACGGCCACCGCUGCAGCCAGUCGUGUCCGCAGUGUGUGCACAGCACCGGCCCGUGCCAUCAUGUCACCGGUCACUGUGAGUGCCUCUCCGGCUUCACGGGCUCUCUGUGCAACCAAGUGUGUUCAAGCGGCAGGUACGGCAGGACCUGCGCUGAGAUCUGCCUCUGCACCAACAAUGGCACCUGCAACCCCAUCGAUGGCUCCUGUCAGUGCUUCCCCGGCUGGACGGGAGAGGACUGCUCACAGGCCUGUCCCUCUGGGCACUGGGGCCCUGAUUGUCUCAACUCGUGUAGCUGUCACAACGGAGCCCAGUGCAGUUCCUAUGACGGGGAGUGCAGGUGCAGCCUCGGCUGGACUGGUCUCUACUGCACACAGCGCUGUCCUUCAGGGUUCUACGGCAGGGACUGCGCCGAAGUGUGUCGCUGCCAGAACGGCGCGGACUGUGACCACGUCACCGGCCAGUGCGUUUGCCGAACAGGCUUCAUUGGGACGGGCUGUGAGCAGAAGUGUCCCGCUGGUACAUUUGGGUACGGCUGCCAGCAGCUGUGUGAGUGCCUGAACAAUGCUACUUGUGACUAUGUGACUGGAACAUGCUACUGCAGCCCUGGAUAUAAAGGCAUCCGCUGUGAUCAAGCAGCUCUGAUGAUGGAGGAGCUCAACCCGUACACCAAGAUUAGCCCGGCACGAGGCUCGGAGCGCCAGUCGGCAGGGGCCGUCAUGGGCAUCAUCUUCCUCCUCCUCAUCAUCAUGGCCUUGCUCAGCCUGUUUGUAUGGUACAGACAGAGGCAGAGGGACAAGGGCCAUGAAAUUCAGCCCAGUGUGUCCUACACACAGGCAAUGCACAUCAACAACGCUGACUAUUCUCUUUCUGAAUGUGGCAGCACCGUAGCGAUGAGGACCGGCGGUUCGGAGAUCAGUCAGAGCCAGAACAGCAGCACCAGCAGCGGACAGUGCUUUUCCAACCCCAGUUACCACACUGUAGCCCAGUGCAAUGUAGUCUCAACCAUCUCCAGCAACCUGGACGGCACUCUGACGCUCAAAUCAAGUACACUGAAGAGCAGGAAUGGCUCUGAAUGGAGAGCCUACUGCAGUCGUAAUGACAUAGAAAUUCAACAGGUCGAGCCAAAGGCACAAAGAGCCUCAAGAAAAGAUUACAUCAAAAGCUCCAUGUGCAGCAACAGCUCCUUCUCCCUGAAUAGUGAUAAUCCAUACGCCACCAUUAGAGACCCACCGGGGUUGGCCUGCAAGCACACAGAGAGCAGCUAUGUGGAGAUGAAGUCCCCAUCCCACCGCGAGGUGCCCUUCGGAGGCACGGCCACCCUCCUGGGCACCGUGAGCAGGAACGUUUAUGAAGUUGAGCCGACUGUGAGCAUCCUGCAGGGACCCAAUGGAAUGGCCACUGGCUUCUCCCAGACGCCCUAUGACCUUCCCUGUAGCAGUCACCUCCCAAGCCACUAUGACAUUCUGCCAAUGCGCCACAGUCCCACACAUUCGCCCCCACCGCCCCCAGAAAGCCCCAGCUCCUUGCUCUAAAAGGCACCCCCAUUUCCUCCCUUUCUUCCCAAAUGUUCUGGACAACUCAACUUUCAGACAAUAGCCCUCCCUACGUCUCCAUGCGCGUGCUCAAUUAGAUACUAAGAGGCCAUGAUGGAGAGACGACCGCGGCUCCUCUGGAUCUCUGGCUCUCUCUCUCUGGGCCCCUGAGGGAGAGAGAAGGGGGAGGAAACCAUGUCCCACACACCAGCGACUAUUCACCCAUUUUAUCUUCAUCUAUAGCAUUACUCAAACUGCUGCCUGGACUUUUUAUGGGUCCUCCUGAAGCGGGACAUUAUGCUUCAGAAGCAGUAUACAGGAAUCGAGUGGGCUGUUUAUUUACAGGCAGAGCUAUCCUCACGCUCAUAUUUAUCCCAUGAUUUAUGUUUAUUAUUUUAAACCAGCCAAGUGUUUAUAAUCUCCCUUACACAGAAGUGAUUGUCCCCUUCAGGAAGAGAGGUAUCACAGCCUUGACUGUCAAAGUGUGCAAAGAUUCAGAUCACAGUGUGAACUGCUUCUAUCCAGAAGCAAUGAGACGUUGAGGCAAAAGUAAAUGUAUUAAUCUGUCCUGAAUGUUAGAUUUGGAAACUGGGCUGAGAGAGAAAGCAUGGAUCAAAAGGAAACUGUUGUAAUGGUUCUGUAUUCACUGUUAUUCAGUAAAGAUCACAACGCUAAUGCUAAUGUAAGCAAAGUUUUGUUGUUAAUGAGGCCGUGUGUGUUUGGACAUGUAUUCAGGUCACAAAGUGUUCAUGCAUUUUUUACAAAAACACAAUCAGUAAAGUUUAUUCUUGUUUUGUUUUGUUUUUUCCACUGGACUGAUGAAGUGUUGCAAACAUGUGUUGUUUUCCACGUGAAAGCAUUUUUUAAAUUGUUUUUUUCUUGCAAACAUCUCAGUUUACAUGUUUUAAAUACUGGAUGUUAAGAGCUGGUUGCUUUGAUCUUUUAUGGUUUGUAUUUAUAAAGUUAAUUGCUUUGCAUACAUUAUUAAUUUAUAUUACUUAUUAUUUAUUUUUUAAUCAGUGUGACUAUAAUAAUAAAAAAGAUGAGCAUGAUCAGAUAACGGAUACCCACUGAUGUAGAUAACACGAUUUAUCUUCUCGUGAGAUUAGCUGUGUCAUUCUGUGAGCUGUUUAAAAUGUUCUUUGUCAAAAAUUGUAGAUUAAAAAAGCAGUAUUUUUCAUCUGACCAGUUUAAGACCCAGCAGCAUUUAUAAAGCCAACCAUUUGUAAAAAUCUGCAUUUUCUGUUUGUAUCGGGCUGAUUAACAUCACUGUGUGACUCCCAUCUCACCCUCUGUUGAAGCAAUAACAUGUUGACAAUCGAUGCACAGAAAACAUCCCAUUAAUGCCGGACAUCACGCCAUCCUUGAACAUUGUGGUGACAGUUGAUCAUACCUUAUGUGACUGUUUAUCCUUUGAGGAUGCUUUAUUUAUUUGUUUUCUAAUUGCUGUCAAUUAAAGCUGGUUGUUGUUUUUGGUACUUACAUUUCUUUCAAAUUAAAAGCCUAUUCUGCCAUCAGAAA